AAUAGUUAUCGAUUUGUCACAUCAUUACUAGUGCAUUGUGCGUCGCAAACGAAAAACAAAUAAUAUUGCUCAAAAUAGCCAUGGAAAACACUCAAUUACCCAUAACAAUAUCCAACACUGCAACAUCGACUAGUGUAAAUACUACAAUGGCGCCUACUGUUCCUUCCCAUGCAAUUGACGUCCCUGCCACUGUCAGUGUGUCAUCGACAUCUGUCAACACUUGCGCAGCCCCAGCAGCAACAACAACGGUAUCGACAACAACAACAGCAACACAUUUGAGUAAAACUCCAAUUCACAAUUUGCCGAUAGAGUUGCUACAAAACGACGCGGCGAAGCGUCGAAGCUCCUCACGUACUAUAAAACGUAAACGCUUUGACGACGAAAUUGUAGAAUACAAUCUUACAAUACCAACGAACCGUAGCGGUGCCGACGCUAACCGCUCAAGUCGACCACGGACAACAUCUCAGAAUUAUUCAGGAAUUGUUACGACACCAACGGUGCAGCAAUCACCCGGCCCAAUUGCAGUUGCUGCUGCCAUUGCACCUGAAACGACUAACACACCUGGCACUACAGUGGACACUGCACCCGGGGCCCCAAACAUAGUUACUGCUUCAACGCCUGCGACGCCUUCAACGCCAGCCACGCCGACCUUGCCGUUGCCAACGAUUCAUAAUUCUGCGCAGCAACCGCAGCCAAAGGUGAAGCCUGCGAUGGAUCGUGCGAUGGCCCCUGAACGUCGUCCACGUCCAUCUCGUCCAGCGAGCAAUAAAAAGCCCCGUCGCAAUGGUCGACCUCUUGGACAGAUGGCCACCAAGGAUUUGGGUCGCUGGAAGCCAAUCGAUGACCUAGCCCUUGUUAUUGGGAUACAGCAAACCAACGACCUACGCAUGAUACAUCGGGGCGUCAAAUUCUCCUGUAAAUUUACCCUUCAAGAGCUGCAGCAGCGUUGGUACGCCCUGCUGUAUGAGCCAUCCGUAUCACGGAUUGCCGUGUCUGCCAUGCGUAAUCUGCAUCCCGAGAUGGUGGAGUCUGUACAGCGGAAGGCGCUGUACAGCGUGCAGGAGGAGGACCUUCUAGGCACUAUAAAGAGCUCGGAGACCCCAAAGCUAGAGCAGUUUCAGGAGCUGCUGGACAAGAAUCCCUCCACAUUCUAUUGCGCACGCACUGCUAAGUCCCUGCACAAUCAUUGGCUGCUGCUCAAGCAAUAUUGUCUGCUUCCUGAUCAAUCGGUAAAGCCAUUGCAGGGCACCGAUCAACCGCUCAGCUUUUCAGAUGCUGAGGAUCAGUUGUUCGAUCAAGACCUGCAAGAGCCGCGCGAUGAGGCAUUGGAAAUCGAAUUAACUCUGGCCGAUCGACGUAACAAACGCGACAUCCGUCUGCUAGAGAACGAGCUCUCACGCUGGGGCGUGCUGGUUGACUCAGUGCUCGGACCCACGGCAGCCAGUGAGUUCGAUAGCCAAACGCUUGCCUGCUUGUGCGGACGUCUUGUGCGUUAUUUGAUGCGCUCUAAGGAAAUAACAUUCGGUCGCGAGGCCAAGGAAUGUGGCGUAGAUGUGGAUCUUUCCCUGGAGGGGCCCGCUGCAAAGAUUUCGCGGCGUCAAGGCACCAUCAAAAUGCGCAGCAACGGCGACUUCUUCAUAGCCAACGAGGGCAAGCGCGCCAUCUUCAUCGAUGGCACACCUUUGCUGAAUGGUAACAAGACGCGAUUGGCACACAACUGUACUGUGGAAAUUUCGGGACUGCGCUUCACGUUUCUGGUUAACUAUGAGCUCAUCAACGCCAUACGCCAGGAGAGCGCAAAAACUUCGAAUCCCUUAAAUUAAGUCUAGCCUAGUGUAUAGUUUUAGCAGUCGCAGCUGUCCCUGUGAAGGUUACUGUAAUGAAUUUCUAUUUCUUAGCCGUCGAUAAGAAACAAGUUCUGAAAAUAUACGACAUCAACAAUA